GGCUGGGUGAGCAGGAGUGUCGCUGGUUGCGAAUCCAUGUGGCGGGGGCUGUGGACCCUGGUAGCCCGGGCGGCACGUGGGCCUCGCAGUCCCAGACCGUGCACGCGCCAGGGCAGUGGCGCCCCGGCCCCCGGUUCCGGAGCCACUGUCUUCGCGCUGAGCUCCGGCCAAGGCCGCUGCGGCAUCGCGGUGAUCCGAACCAGCGGCCCCGCCAGCGGCGAGGCCCUCCGGAACCUCACGGCCCCCCGGGACUUACCCCCGGCCCGCAAAGCCUGCCUGCGCCUGCUCAGCGACCCCCGCUCUGGGGAGCCUUUGGACCGCGCGCUGGUGCUUUGGUUCCCGGGUCCCCAGAGUUUCACGGGUGAGGAUUGCGCGGAGUUCCACGUGCAUGGAGGCCCGGCUGUGGUGAGUGGUGUCUUGCAGGCCCUGGGCAGUGUGCCAGGGCUGCGGCCUGCGGAGGCAGGCGAGUUCACCAGGAGGGCGUUCGCUCACGGGAAGCUGAGCCUGACCGAGGUGGAGGGGCUGGCGGAUCUGAUCCAUGCAGAAACAGAGGCACAGCGGCGGCAGGCCCUGAGGCAGCUAGAUGGGGAGCUGAGCCAUCUCUGCCGCGGCUGGGCCGAGACCCUCACUAAGGCUCUGGCCCACGUGGAGGCCUAUAUCGAUUUUGGUGAGGAUGACAACCUGGAAGAGGGCGUCCUGGAUCGAGCUGACAGUGAAGUGCGGGAGCUGGAGGUGGCGCUGGGCGCACAUCUUCGAGAUGCCAGGCGCGGACAGAGGCUCCGCUCAGGGGCUCAUGUAGUGGUUGCAGGACCUCCCAACGCCGGCAAGAGCAGCCUAGUGAACCUGCUCAGCCGGAAGCCUGUGUCCAUCGUAUCCCCGGAGCCGGGGACCACCCGAGAUGUGCUGGAGACCCCCGUGGACCUGGCCGGGUUCCCGGCGCUGCUGAGCGACACGGCGGGGUUGCGGGAGGGCGUGGGGCCUGUGGAGCAGGAGGGCGUGCGGCGCGCCCAAAAAAGGCUGGAGCAGGCUGACCUCAUCCUGGCCGUGCUGGAUGCUUCUGACCUGGCCUCUCCGUCCAGCUGCAACUUCCUGGACACCGUUGUCAUCCCUGCGGGAGCCGGGAGCCCAAAUGGGUGCAGCCAGCGCCUCCUGCUGGUGCUGAAUAAGUCGGACCUGCUGCCAGCUGGGGGCCCAGAUCCCAGUGCUGACCUGCCCCCUUACCUGUUGCUGUCCUGCCUGACUGGCGAGGGGCUGGAUGGCCUCCUGGAAGCGCUGAGGAAGGAGCUGGCUGCAUUGUGUGGGGACCCAUCCACAGGCCCACCACUUCUGACACGGGCGAGGCACCAGCAUCACCUCCAGGGCUGCCUGGAUGCCCUUGGCCACUACAAGCAGGCGAAAGACUUAGCCCUGGCGGCUGAAGCACUUCGGGUCGCCCGAGGGCACCUGACCCGCAUCACCGGCGGAGGGGGCACCGAGGAGAUCCUGGAUAUCAUCUUCCAAGACUUCUGCGUGGGCAAGUGAGGGGGCGGCCAAAGCUCAGACCCAGGCUGGGUGGACACCCAGAAGCCUUGAGGCAUCUGGGAACAGCUUAGGCCAAGUGGGAGUCUCAGCCCCUGGGGGAAGAACUUGACCCCAAACGGUGAAGCCUCUGUUGCUGGUUGUGACCAAGCCACAGCUGUCCAGAUUCCCUAGCAGGGACUUGCGGGGGGUUCAGGCCCAGGAGUGGGGCUGAAUGGAGGUCUCUUUUGGCACUUGAUGCUGGGGGACUAGGAGUGGAGGGUUGGGGUGGAGGUCAGAGGGUCUCAGGGGUCUUUGUUUCAUAGUUUUUAACUUAUUUUGCAAAUACCAAAGGAAUAUAAAAAACUCAGGUGAUCCGGAAACAUUUAAACACCCCCUCCCUGGGGUCACAGCUUAACUUGUAUAAUUCCAGAACUUUCUCUGCAUGUUUGCAUACUUGGGACUGCACCUAUAAAGUGUGUUGUAUCUUGUAUUUUGUACACAAAUUGGUGUUUAUUGCUCUGCAAGCUGUCAUUCCUUUUUGUAGUAUUAAUCUUGCAACUUUGCUUCUUUUUUUUUAAUUUUUAAAUUUUAUUUUAUUCUUUUAUAAGUUUAUUAAUUUAUUUAUAUUUUUGGCUACAUUGGGUCUUCGUUGCUGCAUGCAGGCUUUCUCUAGUUGCGGCAAGCAGGGGCUACUCUUCGUUGUGGUGCACGGGCUUCUCAUCGCGGUGGCUUCUCUUGUUGCGGAGCAUGGGCUCUAGGCGCGCGGGCUUCAGUAGUUGUGGUGCGCAGGCUCUAGAGCACAGGCUCAGUAGUUGUGGUGCAUGGGCUUAGUUGCUCCGCGGCAUGUGGGUUCUUCCCAGAGUGGGGCUUGAACCCGUGUCCCCUGCAUUGGCAGGCGGAUUCUUAACCACUGCGCCACCAGGGAAGCCCUUAAUUUUUAUUUAUUUAUUUAUUUAUGUAUUUAUUUUCUUUUUGGCUGUGCCACAUGGCAUGUGGGGUCUUAGUUCCCCGACCAGGGAUCGAACCCGCGCCCCCUGCAUUGGAAGCACGGAGUCUUAACCACCGGACUGCCUGGGAAGUCCCGAAACUUUGCUUCUUUUAUCUUCUUUUAUCUACUUCCUUUUCAUGCUUAGUCAUUCAUUCAGUGAUUCAUUCACUCAUUCAGUGAAUAUUUAUCCAGCACCUACUAUGUGUUAGAACCGUACACAUCAUUUGAUGGGAUCUUCAUAACAGCACAAUACAGUGGGUAUUUUGUUACAGUUUUAUAGGUGAGGAAACAGGUUCAGAGAAGUAGUUAGUUGCUGGAGGUCCCCAGCUUUGGGAUUUGCACAUAGGUCUGUUCAAGUUCAAUUUGAGUUCACUGCAGGCCUUCUGGGCAACAGGCCGUGUGUAGGGGGCUGGGAUCAUUGAGGGGAAUAAGCAGACAUAAAUCCUGCCCUUGUUAAAGAAGAGACACAGUUCCUUUCGGUGAGGCCUGAUGGCUGCUGGGCAAACUUACAAUGAGGAAGCCUGACCUGGUCAGGGGUGGACAUAAGGGCAGGCUGCCCUGCAGAGGUGGCAUCUGCACCGACAUCUGAAAGGUGAGAAGAAGGAAACCAGAUGGGAGAGGCUAGCAAGAGCAUCCCAGGCGGAGGGCACGGCACGUGCAAAGGCCCUGAGGUGGGAGCAUCACGGUGUGUUCGAGGGACAGCAAGGUGGCUAGUGUGGCUGGAAGUAGAGUGAUGAGGGCUAGAGAGGAGGGAGAAGAGGUCCAGGAGGAGAGGAAGAUCCUGAUAGCGAGGCCUUUGAUUCCAAGGCUUAUGGGUGACCUGACGUGGUGGUGAUGAACCAGCAGAGGGCGCUUUGCUCUAACAAAGAAGGUGCCUGGCAGUCCUCCAGGGAAGCUCCGGGACCUUAGGCUUCCACACCCACCUGGUGGCAUAUGAACGGUUAACUCCCCUUUUGCCAGAGGUGGACAUGGAGUCUCAAAUAGGGUCAGGAUCUUUUCCAGAAUCAGAAAAAAAAUCACCUCCAGUAGUUGAAGAUACAAACUCGGUUUCAGGGGACACGUGAGCAGAGGCUGGGAGGUGUCCAGGGCCUACCACCCAACUAAAGGGACCUCCGACCCCGUUUCUUCAUGACUUCAUUGCAAUAUGUCACAGUCUGUUGAUUUGUCUGCUUGUUCGACAGCUGCUGCCCCCCAACCCCCACCAUGAAAGGCUUCUGGAGGGAAAGGGUCACUCCAUGAGUUUAGUGCAUGGAUAUUACUAUUAUGUCCAUUUUGCAGAAAGACAAGAAGAAGCAACAAUCUGGGUCUAGAAGAGAUGCCUACCGCUUGGGGGAAGCUGGUGUCUACUCACGUUUGCUCCGGGUUGAAGGGUCUUCUGACCUGGGGACGCUGGCGAUGGGAUUCUUCAGCUUUCAUCCUAUUCCUAGUUUUUUUUUCUCACUCAGAGCCUGAUGGUACCUUUUCAAAGCAGAAAUCAUGACUCUGGAGUCUUUGAACGGAUUUGAUAACAUUUAUUUAGUGCCACUAACAUUUAUAUGGGUCACAGGCAGGGCUGGAUAUGGAGGGGAGAGAGAGUGAAGGGGCAGCACCCUCGUGGGCUCUGAGGGGUCCCCUGGACCAGAUGCUCCCUCUCUUGGGGGCCUGGAAACUCUCAGGGGAGGACGAAGGUGAAUGUCUUCCUGUUCUCACUCCCCCAGACCUGGAGCACUAAGAUGCUCCAGCUGAGUGUGGGAUGCUGUGGGUGCCUUGACCCGCGUGCACAAAGGGAUGUGAUUCUGGGCAAG